AUGGUGACAAACUCCACAAUCAAAUUUCUAUGUAGCUAUGGCGGGAAGAUUCUACCUCGUUACCCCGACGGUAAACUCCGUUAUAACGGCGGUCACACCCGCGUCCUCGCCGUUCCCCGUUCCGUCUCAUUUUCCGAGCUAGCGUCAAAGAUGGCGGAGAUGUGCGGAUCAACCGUUACUAUACGGUGUCAGCUUCCGACAGAAGAUCUCGACGCGCUCGUGUCCAUCACGUGCGACGAAGAUCUAGCGAAUCUAAUCGAAGAAUACGACCUCGUUUCAUCCUCAAUGAAGAUCAGAGUCUUCCUUAACCCGCCGAGGUCGUCCGUUAAGUCAACGCUCUCGCCUCCUCCGUUAGCGUUACCGUCGUCAAACACGUCAUCAUCUUCCUCUACUUCAUCGAGUCCUAGAUCACCGUCGGUUUCAAAACCACCGCUACCUCCGUCGCCGCCGCGGUUAACGAUGGUAAAGAAUCAGUGCUACGGUUGUUACGUACACCAACGUAGUUCGAGAAAUAUGUACCUCGUCCACAACGGGAAUCACUGGCAAUAA